AUGGGAAACCAGAGAAACAUCUCAGAAUUCAUCCUUUUGGGACUUUCUUAUGACCAGAACAUAGAAACAUUUUGCUUUGUGCUCUUUUUAUUCUGCUAUAUUAUCCUGUUGGUAGGAAACCUGCUGAUCCUUGUGUCCAUUCUAUGCAGUCCUCUUUUUAACCAACCAAUGUACUAUUUCCUCAGCCACUUAUCUUCCAUGGACAUCUGCUAUACCUCUAACACUACACCCAAAUUAAUUGGUGACCUAUUAUGGGGGACAAAAAAAAACAUUUCUUAUGAUAAUUGCAUGUUACAGGUCUUUGCAAUGCACUUCUUUGGCGGUACUAAGGUCUUCAUUCUUACUGCCAUGGCCUUUGAUCACUAUGUUGCCAUUUGCAAACCUCUCCACUACAUGAUUAUCAUGGACAGGACAAUGUGCAAUCUUCUAGUCCUGGCUGCUUGGGUUGGUGGGGCUCUCCAUUCCUUUCCUCAAUUAUCUGUGAUGAUCCAGUUGCCUUUUUGUGGGUCUAAUGAAAUUGAUCACUAUUUUUGUGAUAUCUUUCCUUUGCUUAAAAUUGCUUGUACUGAUACCUGUAUCACUGGUGCCCUUGUGGUUGUCAAUUCAGCAUUGGUAACCUUAGUUACUUUUGUUGUCUUAUGUGUUUCAUAUGUCAUUAUACUAUUCACUUUAAGAAAUCACUCAGCUGAGGGAAGACACAAAGCCCUCUCUACCUGUGGGUCUCAUAUCACUGUGGUCAUCUUAUUUUUUGGACCAUCAAUCUUUGGCUACCUUAGACCUCCUUCUACUUACCCUGAGGAUAAAGUAUUUGCAUUAUUUUUCACUAUCAUUGACCUGAUGUUCAAUCCCUUAAUCUAUACAUUGAGAAAUACAGUGAUGAAAAGUGCCGUGAGAAAAGUUUGGUGUCAAAGAUUAUUUUCAAAGGAAACACACAAUUAA